AUGAUUUAUUCUGAUCGGAGCCUGAACGGGGAGCGGCACCGGGCGCUGCUCCGGGAGGACGGGACGGGCUCGCCGAGCGCCCUGGAGGAGGAGGAGGAGGAGGAGAAGCAGGAACACGACAUCUCCCUCUUCGUCAAGGCUGGCAGUGAUGGGGAAAGUAUUGGGAACUGCCCGUUCUCUCAGCGCCUCUUUAUGAUCCUGUGGCUCAAAGGGGUCAUAUUUAAUGUCACAACCGUGGAUCUGAAAAGAAAACCUGCAGACCUGCAGAACCUGGCCCCGGGCACCAACCCCCCGUUCAUGACCUUCGAUGGGGAAGUGAAAACCGACGUCAAUAAGAUCGAGGAAUUCUUGGAGGAAAAGCUGGCGCCGCCCCGGUAUCCCAAACUUGCACCGAAGCACCCCGAGUCGAACUCUGCAGGAAAUGACGUCUUUGCAAAAUUCUCUGCGUUUAUAAAGAACCCAAGAAAAGAUGCAAAUGAAAAUUUGGAAAAAUCUUUGCUUAAAGCCCUGAAGAAGCUGGACAACUAUUUAAAUAGCCCCUUGCCCGAUGAAAUCGAUGCUUACAGCACGGAGGAGAUCACUGUUUCCAGCCGGAAAUUCCUGGAUGGAGAUGAGCUCACUUUAGCAGACUGCAACCUCCUACCAAAGCUCCACAUAAUCAAGGUCGUUGCAAAAAAAUACCGAAAUUUUCAUUUCCCACCCGAAAUGACAGGGAUUUCCAGAUACUUGAAAAACGCGUAUGCGAGAGAUGAAUUUACAAACACGUGCCCUGCUGAUCAGGAGAUUGAAUAUGCAUAUUUGGAUGUGGCAAAAAGAAUGAAGUAACCAGAAGAUGCCUCUGUUUAUUGUUUCUGUGAUUGGCAACAGCCAAGCUGGGAAAGCAAAAACCAGCAGAGAUUCUGCGGUGUGAUUUUAAGUUCUGCUAUUGGCCAAUCCUUUUAUAAUGAUUGUAUUGCAUUAUUUACUCCUUCUUAAA